UCCCCGUAUGCCGUAUAUAUAAUCCGGCUUCCUCCUCCACUGCCCCCUUUCCUUCACCGCAGAGCUGAGCCGGAGGAGGAGGUAAGAAAGGCCCAAAGGGGGAGGGAAGCACGCCAAGCCGAGUCGGAUCCGCCCGCCACGCGACGACGAUCCGGUCGCGGAUCGGAGAUGCCACCGCCUGGCUCCUUCCCGCUGUACUAGCUGAGAACUUUUUUUUUUUACUUCCAGUCGGAUCCCCGGGCUGGUCCGAUUGGCUUGACGCCCGCGGAAGCUCGAUCUCGCCGUGCGAGGUUGGUGGAUUGUUGAUUUGGGGGCGGAUUUGGGUGUUGCGUGUGUGGGGGUGUGGGUUGGAGUCGGUGGGAGCUAGGGUUCCAGUCGGCGGGUGGGCCAGGUAGGCCGGGUGGGCGAGAGUGGGCGAGAUGACGACGCGGCGGGUGAGGCGGCGGACGUGCAGGGAGAAGGGGAAGGGGAAGGAGGUUGUGGAGGAGGAGGGGAGGGUUGUGGAGGAGGGGAGGAGCUUGCGGGGUUGCGUGGCGGCGGAGGAUGGGGAUGGGGGCCGGGAGGAGGUGGGCGGCGAGGGCGUGGACUGGACGCUGCUCCCGGACGACACGGCGCUGCAGCUGUUCGCGCGGCUGAGCUACCGUGACCGCGCGAGCUUGGGGGCGACGUGCCGGACCUGGAGGGCGCUCGGCUCGUCUCCGUGCCUGUGGAGCGCGCUCGACCUGCGCCCGCACCGGUGCGACGCCCAGGUCGCGUCCUCGCUUGCCUCUCGGUGCGGGGGCCUGCGGAGGCUGCGGCUUCGGGGCCACGAGGCGGCCGCGGCGGUGGCCUCCUGCCUCCGCGCCCGCGACCUCCGCGAGGUGGUGGCUGACGGCUGCCGCGGGCUCACGGACGCCACCCUCGCCGUCCUUGCUGCGAGGCAUGAGGCGCUGGAGAGCCUCCAGAUUGGGCCAGACCCCCUCGAGCAUGUCUCCAGCGAUGCCCUCCACCAUGUCGCGCUCUGCUGCUCGCGCCUCCGCCGCCUCCGUCUCUCGGGUCUUCGUGAAGCUACCGCGGAUGCCAUCGGAGCUCUUGCGCGCCACUGCCCUCACCUCGAGGAUGUGGCCUUCCUUGACUGUGUCGUUGUAGAUGAGUCUGCCCUAGGCGACAUCCAUUCCCUCCGAUUCCUCUCUGUAGCAGGAUGCCUGAACAUGAAAUGGGCUACAGCAUCCGCCUCAUGGGCUCAGCUCCCCUCUCUAGUCGCCGUUGAUGUCUCCCGCACUGAUGUGUCUCCAAAUGCUAUCUCCCGCCUAAUAUCCCACUCCAAAACCCUUGAGCUUAUAUGUGCGGUUAACUGCAAAUCUGUCGAAGAGGAACAAGCACAUGAUCCUGCUGUAUUUAGGAACUCCAAGGGCAAGCUUGUGCUCACCAUUACGAGUGACAUUUUCAAAUCUAUUGCCUCGCUGUUUCCUGGCAAGGCUGUGAAGGAGCAUGGGGUGUUCAAUGAGUGUAAUUGGAGGGACAAAAACAAGGUGCUUGGUCAUAUGAUGAGCUGGCUUGAGUGGAUCCUCUCUCAAUCGCUUCUACGAAUUGCAGAGUCCAACCCGUAUGGUAUGGAUGAAUUCUGGUUGCAGCAGGGCACAUCAAUGCUGCUGAGCUUAGUGAAGAGCUCACAGGAGGAUGUGCAGGAGCGUGCAGCUACCACAAUUGCUACAUAUGUGGUUAUUGAUGAUGAAACUGCGAAUGUCGAUGCUGCAAGGUCGGAGGCGGUGAUGCGGGAUGGGGGCAUUCCACUGCUACUGGACCUUGCAAGGUGCUCAAGGGUGAGCGCACAGUCUGAAGCAGCAAAGGCUAUUGCCAACUUAUCGGUGAAUGCCAAGGUUGCGAAGGUGGUCGCAGAUGAGGGGGGUAUCACAAUAUUCACUAAUUUGGCCAAGUCGACGAAUCGGCUUGUUGCUGAAGAAGCCGCUGGUGGCCUUUGGAACCUAUCUGUGGGCGAGGAGCACAAGGCGUCUAUUGCAGCAGCUGGUGGUAUAAAGGCUUUGGUUGAUCUCAUAUUUCGCUGGCCUGCUGGGACUGAUGGAGUUCUUGAACGUGCUGCUGGUGCACUUGCAAACCUAGCUGCUGAUGACAAGUGUAGCUUGGAGGUUGCAAAGGCUGGUGGUGUCCACGCUUUGGUUACGCUUGCUCGAUCGUGUAAACUUGAGGGUGUCUUAGAACAGGCUGCAAGAGCUCUAGCUAACUUAGCUGCACAUGGAGAUAACAACAACAAUAAUGCCGCUGUAGGUCAGGAAGCAGGGGCUCUUGAGGCAUUAGUGCAGCUAACAUGUUCUCAGAACGAGGGUGUAAGGCAAGAAGCUGCUGGUGCUUUGUGGAACCUUUCUUUUGAUGAUAGAAAUCGUGAAGCUAUUGCUGCUGCGGGUGGCGUUCAAGCAUUGGUUUCACUUGCGCAAGAAUGUCUGAAUGCUUCAGAAGGCCUUCAGGAGAGAGCUGCUGGUGCAUUAUGGGGAUUAUCUGUUUCAGAAUCUAACAGCAUUGCGAUUGGACAGGAGGGUGGUGUUGCACCAUUGCUCACAAUGGCACAAUCAGAUGCUGAAGAUGUUCAUGAGACGGCUGCAGGGGCAUUGUGGAAUCUUGCUUUCUAUUCCAGUAAUGCUCUCCGUAUAGUUGAAGAAGGUGGGGUGCCUAUCCUUGUGCACCUAUGCUCGUCAUCAGGGUCAAAGAUGGCUCGGUUCAUGUCUGCGCUUGCCCUUGCUUAUAUGUUUGAUCGAAGAAUGGAUGAGGUUGCCAUUGUUGGGACUUCCUCAGAGGGCAGUUCCAAGGGUGCUACUGUCGAGGGAGCUAGACGAAUGGCAUUGAAGCAUAUACAACUCUUUGUGUUGACGUUUUCAGAUCCACAAGUGUUCUCGACAGCUGCAGCUUCCUCAGCCCCAGCAGCGCUAUCUCAGGUUGCUGAAGCAGUGUUUAUACAAGAAGCUGGACACCUGAGAUGCAGUGGUGCUGAGAUUGGUAGAUUUGUUGCCAUGCUUCGGAAUCCUACAUCAGUUCUCCGUGCUUGUGCUGCAUUUGCCCUUCUUCAGUUCACAAUCCCUGGAGGUCGGCAUGCGGUGCACCAUGCAGGCCUUCUGCAGAAAGCAGGAGCAGCUCGAGUCUUGCGUGCAGCAGCGGCAGCAACAUCAGCUUCCAUCGAGGCCAAAGUGUUCGCCAGAAUUGUCCUUAGGAAUCUGGAACACCAUCAGGCAGGGACUUCAAUCUGAAACUACAGAGGCGAGCAGUUUGUAAGUGCACUGCUAAUCCCCCACAAGGCGUAGCUUCUGACGCCGCCUGCACUGGCCUCAAAACAGGCACAAACUCAAAGUGCCUGUCCGCGCGAGCAGUGACCUUUGGGACUCCACCUAAUCAGAACCGUGAGACAAAAUGAAUGCAAUCUGGCGAUGGUUGGCUGUUGUUGAGUGUGCAAUUUUUAUGUUAAUUUAUCCGGCGUGUAAAAGUAACUUCAAAAGGUUAGGAUCGGUAGGACUUGAGAGCUUUGAUGGUAUAUACAUCUUUAAGCUAUGGGUAAAUUGCUACCUGGUGAUUUAAGGUGCGUGACAGCAGGAAACAUUGUUGGGCUGCUUCACUUAUUGCAACAACACAUGUAAUGUAAACUUGUAGAUGUGCUACUGCUGAUUUGAUAUAUGAAUCGCCCCCCAUGAGUACUCCUGUACAUUUUUAGGUAAA